CUCAAGUUCACGUUUGGUUGCAGCAGAGACUCGUUAAUACUGUUGGGUCUUUCUGUGUUGGCUUGAUUGUUUGUGUGUCAUUAGGAAACAACAAUAAAGAUGGGGGCAGAACAGAGUAUCCUGGAAAAGAAUGGCUACACACCAGAUAAAAAAACAAUUAAGGACAAUUCUGUUGUUGCCACAAAGGGAGGUGAGAAAUUUCUCAUAAAAAAGAUCACAUCACAUCAGACAUCUGGAAGUGCAGACCUCGAAUCAGAGAUAGAAAUCCUCAAGACAAUAAGCCAUCCUCAUAUUGUGAGCUGCAAGAACUCUUUUAAAGUUAACAACGCUCACUAUGUGGUGAUGAACUAUUGUGAGGGAGGGAGUCUUGCUGCACAGAUCAGAGAGGGUCAGCCCAGUCAACCCCACCAUGAGUCUCAGGUACUGAGCUGGAUUGUUGAGAUCUGUAUGGCCUUGAAAACCAUUCAUGAUAAAGGGUUGAUUCACAAAAAUCUGAAGCCAGAGAACAUAUCCCUCACUGAAUUUGGAACUGUGUGCUUGGGAGAUUUUGGAAAAAUCAACGAAAAUUGCUCAACGAGCACACAAUCUACCACAAACCAAACAAUAAACUGUCUGGCACCAGAAGUCUUCACAGAAGGGACCUAUGACGCUAAAAGUGACAUUUGGUCACUGGGAUGCCUACUCUAUGAGCUCUGUACUCUGAAACCAGCGUCCUCAGCAGAGACUCCAACCAAGCUCAUUCCCAAGAUAAUUGGUGGUCGUCUCCCAUCUCUCACAGAGCCAUUCUCACCAGAACUUUGUGAGCUUUUGAACAAUAUGUUGAGUAGAAACCCUCAAUCAAGACCAACAGCCAGUGAGAUCCUGGAGCGUCCUAUUAUGAUAAACUGUCUUUCAGAAAAGUGUAAAUCAACUGUGGAGAAACUCCAGAAAAAGCUGGGAGACCUCAGGGGUCUGGCUGAUGGUUUGGAGCGUGUGCAUCAAGGCACCACCAUUGGCAGCUUGGCAGGAGGAGUGAUUGGGGCGGCAGGAGGGAUAACAUCCAUAGUGGGCCUGAUACUGGCCCCCUUCACUUUGGGAGCCUCUCUUAUUGUCACUGGAAUUGGAAUAGGGGUGGGAGUACUUGGUGGGGUCACUGCUGGUGCCUCGAAUAUCACUAAUAUGGUCAACCAGUCUGCUGAUCGCAAGGCUGUUCGAUGCAUCAUUAAAGAGUUUGAGGAGAAAAUUAAUGCAGUUGUCAUUUGGCUCCAGGAGCUUUUGGGCAUUUUACAGACAAUCAGGAGCAGAUUUGGCACAUUUGACACUGAGUUCAAUAAAGACAACUUGUUCAGGAUUGGCUCAAGAGCUGGUAAGGGUUUAGGUGGCAUUGCUGAACUGGUCCGACUUGCUCAAGUGAUGAAUAUUGGCAGGAUUGCUGCACAAGCAUCCAGAGCAGUACGUGUGGCAGAGGUGGCAACAGGUGUGUUUUCGGCUUUAUUUGUGGCAGUGGAUAUUUUCUUCAUUGCCAUGGAUGCAAAGGAAAUACACCACAUUAGACAGGCACAAGCAGCAGAGGACACAGGUGGAAGUAGCUCUGAGUCAGAGUCUUCUCAAAAUACAACUCCAGUCAGAUCUGAGGUCAUGAAAUUUGUCCUAUCAAUCAGGCAGGCAGCAGACAACGUGCAGAAAGUCUUGGAUGAGCUGAAAGGCAUCAUCUCAUCUAUCCCAUCAGUCCAGGAUGAGUCAAGUUGGACAAAUAUGGCGUUGAUGAACAUAUCUCUCACUGAAUUUGGAACUGUGUGCUUGGGAGAUUUUGGAAAAAUCAACGAAAAUUGCUCAACGAGCACACAAUUGACCACAAACCACACAAUAAACUGUCUGGCACCAGAAGUCUUCAUAGAGGGGACCAAUGACGAUAAAAGUGACAUUUGGUCACUGGGAUGCCUAAUCUAUGAGCUCUGUACUCUGAAACCAGCGUUCUCAGCAGAGACUCCAACCAAGCUCAUUCCCAAGAUAAUUGGUGGUCGUCUCCCAUCUCUCACAGAGCCAUUCUCACCAGAACUUUGUGAGCUUUUGAACGAUAUGUUAAGUAGAAACCCUCAAUCAAGACCAACAGCCAAUGAGAUCCUGCAUUGUCCUAUUAUGAUAAAUUGUCUUUCAGAAAAGUGCAAAUCAACUGUGGAGACACUCCAGAAAAAGCUGGGAGACCUCAGGGGUCUGGCUGAUGGUUUGGAGCGUGUGCAUCAAGGCGCCACCAUUGGCAGCUUGGCAGGAGGAGUGAUUGGGGCGGCAGGAGGGAUAACAUCUCUAGUGGGCCUGGUACUGGCCCCCUUCACUUUGGGAACCUCUCUUAUUGUCACUGGAGUUGGGGUAGGGGUGGGAGUACUUGGUGGGGUCACUGCUGGUGCCUCGAAUAUCACAAAGAUGGUCACCCAGUCUGCUGAUCGCAAGGCUGUUCGAUGUAUCAUUAAAGAAUUUGAGGAGAAAAUUAAUGCAGUUGUCAUUUGGCACCAGGAGCUUAUGGGCAUUUUACAUACAAUCAGGAAUAGAUUUGGCGCUGAGCCACGCCAGUUAAAUGAAAACAACUUGCUCAGGCUUAAUGCUGGCAUCAGGGCAGGUAGGGGUUUAGUUGGCAUUGCUGAACUGGCCCGACUUGCUCAAGUGAUGAAUGUUGGCAAGAUCGCAGCACAAGCAUCCAGAGUAGUACGUGUGGCAGAGUUGGCAACAGGUGUGUUUUCAGGUUUAUUUGUGGCAGUGGAUAUUUUCUUCAUUGCCAUGGAUGCAAAAGAAAUACAUCACAUUAAACAGGCACAAGCAGCAGAGGACACAGGUGCGAGUAGCUCUGAGUCCGAGUCUUCUCAAAAUACAACUCCAGUCAGAUCUGAGGUCAUGAAAUUUGUCCGAUCAAUCAGGCAGGCAGAAGAAGACUUGCAGAAAGUUUUGGAUGAGCUGAAAGGCAUCAUCUCAUCUAUCCCAUCAUUUCAGGAUGAGGGAGAGUUAUGUUGGACAGAUAUGGAGUUGAUGUAACCCAACGAUCUCAUCAAAGAAGCACAUGAAAUGACACAUUUCAGUCUCGGUCCAGUUGUAAUUUCAGAGAGUGCUGCCACCUAGUGUCUGCUCCAUGCUGUGAUUCAAUAAAUCAGCUCACAGAGGGGAUCUCUGAUGCUAACAUUUGGGUGUCAAAAGUACAACA